AAAUUCUAUUAAGUAGCGUUCUUGAAACUAUUUUAUCAAACACAGUUCAAAUUUUCAGUUAGAGUUCGUGAAGUGUGUAAAUUUUCUUCUAAACAGAAACGAAGCUUAAAUUUUAGUAACAGAAAGAUUGGGAAUUUACGUUAUUCUAGGUCCGAGGCAGGACAGAAAGUGCUGAAUACUCCAAAAGGGAAAUAUUUACUCAGAGAUCUGUUUCAAUUAGCUGUCGCUGACGUUCCUCCUUUCUGGCUUGCACAAGUUCUCGGGCAGCAGCAGUUUGUCUUCAUUCGGCCACCGUCUCGUCAGCUUACGGAGUAGUUUGUCCCUCUGCCGCCGCCGUCCGAGAUAUUAGUCACCGAGAACGAGGGCAGGGGAGCGUGUGUUUGGGGGGAGCCGGCUGGCGUUGCCGGCACCAUGGAGUCACCUUUGAGCCCGGGACUCUCUUACCGGCCGGGAGAAGACUGGGACUCGACUCUAUUUGCUGAACUUGGCUAUUUCACGGACACUGAUGACCUGCAAUUGGAUGCAGCAAAUGAAACUUAUGAGAACAAUUUUGAUAAUCUUGACUUUGAUUUGGAUUUGAUGCCUUGGGAAACAGGCAUUUGGGACAUCAACAACCAAAUCUGUACAGUUAAAGAUAUUAAGGCAGAACCUCAGCCGCUUUCUCCAGCCUCCUCAAGUUGUUCAGUCUCAUCUCCUCAGUCAGUGGACUCUUACUCUUCAACCCAGCAUGUCCCUGAGGAGUUGGAUUUGUCUUCUACUUCCCAGAUGUCUCCCCUUUCAUUGUAUGGUGAAAACUCUAAUAGUCCCUCCUCAGCAGAGCCACUGAAGGAAGAUAAGCCCAUUGUUGGUCCUAGGAACAAAACUGAAAAUGGACUGACUCCAAAGAAAAAAAUUCAGAUGAAUUCAAAACCUUCAAUUCAACCCAAGCCUUUAUUACUUCCAGCAGCACCCAAGACCCAAACAAACUCCAGCGUGCCAGCGAAAACCAUCAUUAUUCAGACACUACCAACACUCAUGCCAUUGGCAAAGCAGCAACCAAUUAUCAGUAUACAUCCUGCACCUGCUAAAGGUCAGACCGUAGUGCUUUCUCAGCCUGCUGUGGUACAACUUCAGGCGCCUGGCGUUCUGCCCUCUCCGCAGCCCGUCCUCACUGUCACUGGGGGAGCCGCACAGCUACCUAAUCACGUGGUGAAUGUGGUACCCACUCCUGUGGCGAAUAGCCCAGUGAAUGGAAAGCUGUCUGUGACUAAACCUGUUCUACAAAGUACCAUGAGAAGUGUGGGCUCGGAUAUUGCUGUGCUAAGGAGACAGCAACGCAUGAUAAAGAAUCGAGAGUCGGCUUGUCAGUCCCGCAAGAAGAAGAAAGAAUAUAUGCUGGGGUUAGAGGCAAGAUUAAAGGCAGCCCUUUCAGAGAAUGAGAAGCUGAAGAAAGAGAAUGGAUCACUGAAACGGCAGCUGGAUGAAGUUGUAUCAGAGAACCAGAGGCUUAAAGUUCCUAGCCCGAAGCGAAGAGCUAUCUGUGUGAUGAUAGUAUUGGCAUUUAUAAUACUGAACUAUGGACCUAUGAGCGUGUUGGAACAGGAUUCCAGGAAAAUGAAGCCUAGUGUGAAACCUGCAAAUCAAAGGAGGCAUCUUCUAGGAUUUUCUGCCAAGGAGGUGCAAGACACGUCAGAUGGUAUCAUCCAGAAAAACAGCUACAGAUAUGAUCAUUCCGUUUCAAAUGACAAAGCCCUGAUGGUGCUAACUGAAGAACCACUACUCUAUAUUCCUCCACCUCCUUGUCAGCCCCUGAUUAACACCACAGAAUCUCUCAGGUUAAAUCAUGAACUUCGAGGGUGGGUUCAUAGACAUGAAGUGGAAAGGACCAAGUCGAGAAGAAUGACGAACAAUCAACAGAAAACCCGUAUUCUUCAGGGUGCACUAGAACAGGGCUCAAAUUCUCAGCUCAUGGCUGUUCAAUACACAGAAACCACCAGUAUCAGCAGGAACUCAGGGAGUGAGCUACAAGUGUAUUAUGCUUCACCCAGAAGUUAUCAAGACUUCUUUGAAGCCAUCCGCAGAAGGGGAGACACAUUUUAUGUUGUGUCAUUUCGAAGGGAUCACCUGCUGUUACCAGCUACCACCCAUAACAAGACCACACGACCAAAGAUGUCAAUUGUAUUACCAGCAAUAAACAUAAAUGAGAAUGUGAUCAAUGGGCAGGAUUACGAAGUGAUGAUGCAGAUUGACUGUCAGGUGAUGGACACCAGGAUCCUUCACAUCAAAAGCUCGUCAGUUCCUCCUUACCUCCGAGAUCAGCAGAGGAAUCAAACCAACACCUUCUUUGGUUCCCCUCCAGCAGCCACGGAGGCAGCCCACGUUGUCAGCACCAUCCCUGAGUCAUUACAAUAGUACCCUGGGGCUAUGUUGGAAAACUAAGAGUGGGACCUGCCAAAUUGGAGAAUGGGUGAGAGAAAUGCUUCCUUCCGCCUUCUGGGUGGCAAGCAGAGGACUGCCUCACAACAGAGUUCAAGGGGAUAGAGAGGGAGAAAAAGAAGCUGCUCUGUUUUUCAUCAUCUGCCCAUCUACUUGGAAAGCACUGGAAUUCUGAUGUAAGGGGAACAGCGUUUCUCCACUGGUAAAUGCAGCCCUGCAUCUUCCAGUGUGUCCUGGCGUGGAUUUUGUCUGUACCUUUUUAAAUUGCUUUUCCCUCUAUAUUUGUUUUGUGUUUAAAUAGUCAUCUUCUUUCAAAUAAGCUCCUCUUCCCCUCUCUGCCAUUUCACUUAUUGAGACAGUAAAGAGAUUCUUAUUUACAGCUAACAGCACACAGGCGUUUCCACUGAUUAGAUUUUUCAUUAAUUUAAUGCAAACCCAUUGUGGAUAUUGUGCUUAUUGGAUAACAAAUUUCAAAACCAGAAGGGCCAAAAACAUCCCCAAAACAGUCAAAACAAUUUGGAGCUUUAGGUAAAGGGAAAAUUCCCAUUUGGUAAAGUUUAUCUUUACUUGGGAUUUGCAGUUCACACCUGACACUGCGCAUGGAUACCUAUGUUGGAGGUCAGGGGGUGGGUAGCAAAUUUGAGAGAAUGAAACAGAAGAGAAGGGUCAGUGAUGGGGCUUUGAAAGAGGAGAUAGCUCUAUUAAUACAAAUAUGUAAAGCCCUGGAAGUUUAAUGCAACUGCAGCUUAGGAUUAAAGCCACAGCUGCCGUUUAUGUUGAGGACUCGAGGCCACUGCCUAUUAGCCCACGUACUUAUGUCUUCUCUCUGCUAAUCUGGUGCACAGGACAAAUGCUUCAUUUUUAUUGUGAAUCCCCACCCACUACACACCUUCUAUUAAUAUGAUGAUACCAAAUUCACUUAAGGAACACGUAGGUAACUUUAAGCAAAAAGAGCUUUUUAUCUUGAAAAUUGACAAGAAUUUAUUCCUUAAGACUAUGCAGACAAGCAAGCUUGGAUUUCUGCUGGGGGAAUACAUCCCAUAAUAUGGCAAUAAUUCUCAGUUUGUCCAGUGAGAAAACAGAGAAGGGAUUAACUCUUUUGUCCUUCCAUGGUAAAAAAAACACAGAAAACACUACUGUAUUCACUUACUUUUUCCUGUACUUUGACUCCGUUCUUCUCUCCAGUUUCUACCUUCAGUUUCUAAAGUGAGUCCUUCUGCCCCUCCUGUGAAACUGUUCAGUUUCUCAAUAGAACGCAUUCUGCAAACACUGCUUCUUACCCUAAUUGACUUGCCUCUGUCAGAUUUCUUCCACUCCAUUUCACACUAUAUCAGUGUCUUCCUUCUUGCAAGAAAAGGAAAGAGAAAUUAUCUCAACUCCUGAAGGAUUACAUGCAGCUGGGUAGUUUUCUGCCUGUGAAAUUAGGCAUGGCUUCUAAAUGAUUUCAAAGAAUCACUGACCCUUCUAACUCUGGGUAGUGAUGCCUCUCUGCCCAAGCUAGUUAGAUGCUUUCCUAGGAAAUCAGUUUAACUUUUGUGAGGGACGCAGGGGGCUCUAACUCUCUGUUGCCUGGGAAUCUGCAGCUGCCAGCAUUAAUUAGCCUUCCUCUUUUCUAACCUCUUGUACAGACUGUUGUCAGUCAGUGCAGCUCUCUCCUUGAUUCGGCCAUCCUGGGUGAUGUUCACGCAAGAACCAUUUUCCCUGGGGACCAUCUUACUUCUAAUGGGGCCAAAGAAUGGAAGGCAAAUGUGUAGACGACCUUUAGAUUACAGGGCAGUCUUCUCCUGGAGCAUCUUCUCCUGGCCCUGCCCCCUUCCCAUGCUGUUUGAAUUAGCCCAGCAGGAGGCUGCGACCGGGGCUAGUAGGCAGUGGCGACAUGGUCCUUCUCAAGCUGCUAAUCUUCUACUGGAGCGUCGUAGUUCUAACAGUAGAUACAAACACUUUAUGCAUGGAGUGAUUAUAUAUGGUGCUUCCUUCCUCUCCUUUGCACUGAAUCCCACAGGAACAAACCAUCACAUGGACUUAUUUUUAGCACCUUGAUUUUCCUUGAUCCCUCUAUUCCCCGCUUUUCCUGUGCUCAUUUUACCAGCGUGUCAGACUGAAGGCUGCAGCUAUGUUAGCCGACCUUCAUGCCUCUCUGACGGGUGAAAUGUGGGCGAGUGAGGAAGGAGUCAUGACUGAAGAGCAGGCAGGUGCCCCCGUCACAACGUUCAGAGUGCCUGUGAAGUGACCGUCAAAGCCGUCUGGAAGCCGAGCCUUCUCUGUGCACUCGCUGCCCCUUCCGCUUCUUGUUGUUACCUGUUCAGAACUGAUCUCUCUGAGAUGAGAGAACAGGAGUCUCCUCAGGGUAAGGGUUCGGGAAAUGAGUGAGAGGCAACUAACAAGUAUGAAGAAGUAUUCGACUUUUUUACUUGUUAUCAAAGCUAUUCUUAAUCCCUGGGCACAAUAGUAGUUUUUACUUUUAGUGUCUGUCUGCAUCAGAAGGCCCUUCAGGAAAUGGAAAGUUGCUAUGCCGGCUUAAAUAAAAUAAACUGGUGUUUUGGCUUAAUUUUUUUUGUGAGAUUGCCUUUUGGGGAUUGCAGCCAGGAAUUAUGGGGGAUAUGUGUGUGGGUGUAUAUAUAUAUAUAUAUAUAUAUAUAUAUUAUUUUAAUUUAUUACAUUUUUAAGUGAGAUUUUGCAAGCUUGUGAGAAAAUUAGAUAAACUCAUGGAGGAGGCCAGUCUGCUGUUAGAUGACUCUGUGCCCUUCGGGCCGCCAUUACUGCUGUCUCAGGAAGUGAUGGUGGAGACUGCUGGAGACGGUUCUUCUGCCUGGUUGCGAUUCCCAAGUUUUAGGCUUAAUGGAAGUGGAUGUUUCCUGGUGCUAACUAUUGAGUCAGAUGUUAGGGGCUUCUUGCCCUUGGGCAACUCAGCCAGCAGAACAGGGACGCAGCUCCAUUAGAAUGUAGUGUAAAUGGCCUCCUUCUAAAGUUAGGAUUUGUAAAAGGAUCGUUCUUGAGACAAAUGUAUUGCUUGCCAUGCUUGUAGUUUAGAAACUUGACCUUAGAUUAUUGGGUAUUUGUGUGUUCACAAGUAAAAAAAACCCUAUGAUUAUAAAAGCUCAGAGCAUCUUCUAAUUUUUUUGUUAAAUGACUACAAGCUGCAGCACAAUGCUGGCAUUUCUUUGGCUUUUUUUUUGUUAGCAAAAAGUAGCCACGGAGGUAUUUGAAAGCAGCAAUGUUAUAUGAGUCAUUCUUGAGUGUUCUGAAUAAACAUCACUUAGAAACAGACAAGGAACUUGGGAUUCAAACUGAUUUUUCUGUCGUUUUUAAAGAGACACCGUCCUGAUUAAACCUUCCUGGCUUGAAUCUUCCUCCUGGGCGUGGAUCCCCAGUAGUCAAGGCAGUGAGGCUCCGACAAGAUACUGCUGCUGUGGCAUUUACAAUGAUUAAAACUGGAGAAAUCUCAAGCUCUUGGUGACUUUUGUACUAUUUUCUGAUUCUUGCCAUUUUACUAAGCUUAGGUUGACAGAAAAAUAUCACAGGGAAAAACUUCUCUUUGUAUUUGACUUUCUAAUACAUUGCAAGGUUUCAAGUGACUUCCACUUUGAACUACCUAUUAGAAGUAACCACUUUUACUGAAGAGCCAGAGCGAGACUUCCUCUCAGUCUGACUUCGUGGAAAUUUCCCACCCAUGAAAGCCCCCUUUCCACUGCAUCCCAAUGGGCCGGCUUGGCUUCCUUCCUUUGAAGGAACUGAACUUCAGAUGAGACCUUUCAUCCUGCUGGCCAUUUCUUACAAAUUAACCUCUCAAAUAAGAUUGCUUUUUGCCAGAACUGAUAAACGCUUGUUAAUACCUAUGGACCCUCAUUCUUUACCAAGAUGUGAUUUUUGUCCGUCUCGAGUCAUUUUAAUUUACAGAAAUUAGGAUCUUUGUCGCUAAUGUGAAUACUAAUGAUAACUUUUGCCUUAAAAACAAGAACAAAGCCUAAAAGAAAAAGAACGAAAUGUGAGAAAUUUUCAUUCCUACCCCUAAUAACAUUUGGGGGAUGGGGCACGGGCAAUUCCCGUUUUCUGCUACCUGUAGGGGUUGUGGCUGAUUUUUAAUUUUCUAGGAAACAGAUUCCUGGACUACCCAAAAAGAUCUGGCUGGAGUCCAAAUGGAACUAUGCACAUAAAAGAAAUGCAGUUUUCUCCUACCUGAAAAAGAAAUCAGAGUGUAUGCUGUUAACUUAGAUUUUUAAUGACUAAUCUUAAAGUUUAUUUUGGAUAAGACUAGAACUUUCAGCAGUUUGUUCUAAUGUCUGUGUUCUCUGCCAGGUUAUCUGUCAGAAUUUAUGAAAAGAAGGAUGGCAAAGGUUUCUUGAUAGGAAAUUCAGUUCUGUGUAUGAAUCGUGUCAUGGCUAGUCACUGUCAAAUAGUGGACACCAUUCUCAACAUACUGGUUUGCUAACUUUAAGCAAUAAAGAUUUAGCACAUUCAAAGGUUUUUAAUUAUAUUAGAUUGGGGAACCAAGGAGUAAAUAAAUCAUAGUUUAUCAUUUGCCAAGGUCAACAAACACCAUGCUGUUUUGCCGCUUGCCCCAAUGAACUUGGUGACCAUCGGUUAAAUAAACAAACCAGGAGGCUUGGCAUGUCCCCCAGCAUGAUAAUCCCAGAUAGAGAUUAGCAAAUUGACUUUCACACCAGAAACCAUUUUAACUCACACUGAGCCCUAAUUUCCAGGUCAGUCAUCUGGAUAAGAGAUGAUGAGGAAAUUGAGCUUUAGAUGAAAACGACUAUGCACGUCUGGCCUUAGAGACACUGGUUUCUUGUUCUUGUCAUGUGGGCAAGUAUGGUUGGGCUAAGAGCAUAGUGCUUCACCCACGGAGCCAUUAGAACCCAAGGAGAGAGUGUUAAAGAUGCCAUUUCAGCAGGACUUUCUAAGAUUGUAUCCAUGCUAAAUUAAGAAUGGGUUAAAGAUGAGGAGGAAAGAUCUACCGUUCUCUCCCUUACUGUUUACGUUGGUUUACAAUACAUAAAGAAACAAUGACAACAGACUAUUUCAUGCUUUCAAGCAAGUCUUUAUAAUACAAUACUUCUUCUUUGUCUAAAAUUCAAAUAAAGAAUUUUUAAACUUCU